AUGAAAUCGGCCGCUCUGUUUCUAUCUUCCCUCACUUGCUGCUUUUAUGUUGUUGCAGCGCAGACGACCACAACUACCGAAAGCGAAGAGAAUCGCUAUGAGAAAGAGAUCAAAUGCUAUGGGCUCCCGUACGGAGUCACAGGCUUCAUCUCGCACCUUUUGACGUAUUACACGGCCCUCAUGUUAGCCUGCGGCAGAACCCCACUUCUGCCAUGGCGUGAACUAGAUGAAGGGCCACAGAAUAUUUUUCUCGCCAUCGCCAAAUUGGUUCUGACAACAGUGGCAUCGAUCGCCAGCAUUGCCACUUGCGUUCAUACUUGGGAGUUUGCCGCGCUGGCAGCAAUGAAGUUGUCUCUGUCUCUGACCUACGGCCUCAUCAGCAUUUUUCACGCCAAACAGAUAUCCCUACUUUAUCUACCCGGUGCAAUUGCAGGCCUUGCAGGAUCAUUUUCUAUCGCAUCAUCGACAAUGUCCGAGCCAGCUAUGAAGCUUGUCACUGGUCUCUUUUGGGGCUUGGCCGGCAUGACUUCCGCCACCAUCAUCAUUGCCGGCUUCACAUGGGGCCGCGGGCAAUACACCCCAGCGGCAGUAUUAGGGUGUGUGAUGGCCUAUGGGGCGUUGUACUCUGACUGGGUGCUGGUCAUUGUGGCAAACGCUGGUGUGUCUGGUUAUCCGCAUCGAUCGCCAACGUGGGAGAAGGUAUUAUGGGUCUUUUACUUCAUAGGAAAGAGACUAGCACUCUUCAUGACUUGA